UCCGCCUCCCUCCCUCCCCUCCCACCCUCACGUCCCGGCAGAAUGGCGGCCUCCCUCAGUCUGCGGGCAGCGAGAAGGCUCGGCACACCGGCGGGUCGCGCCGCUCGCCAGGUGGUCCGACUUGUCCCGGUGCGAUGGUUGAACCUUCAGGAAUACCAGAGCAAAAAAAUCAUGGCGGAUCAUGGUGUCACGGUGCAGCGGUUCUUCGUUGCCGAUAACUCACAAGAUGCUCUCGAGGCCGCGAAGAGACUGAAGGCAAAAGAAAUUGUUUUAAAGGCUCAAAUCCUGGCCGGUGGCAGAGGAAAGGGCAGCUUCACCAGUGGUCUGAAGGGAGGAGUUCAUUUAACAAAAAACCCUGAGGAUGUUGGCCAACUGGCUGAACAAAUGCUUGGGUAUCACCUCAUCACCAAGCAAACCACCAAGGAAGGGGUCAAAGUUAGAAAGGUUAUGGUGGCAGAAGCCUUGGACAUUGCCAGAGAGACAUAUUUGGCCAUAUUGAUGGACAGAGCAUACAACGGACCCAUCAUGGUUGGAAGUCCCCAGGGAGGAAUGGACAUUGAAGAAGUGGCAGCCACCAAACCGGAGUUGAUAUUUAAGGAGCCCAUUGAUAUCUUUGAAGGGAUUAGACAAGAUCAAGCGUUCCGAAUGGCCGCCAAUAUAGGAUUCAAAGGACCACAGCAGCAAAAGGCUGCAGAACAGAUUCAGAAACUAUACUCCCUGUUUUUGAAAGUUGACGCCACACAGCUGGAAGUGAAUCCAUUUGGCGAAACCCCAGAUGGCCAAGUUGUGUGCUUCGAUGCCAAGAUCAACUUCGAUGACAACGCAGAAUUCAGGCAAAAAGAAAUAUUUUCUCAGGACGAUGUGUCUGAAACUGAUCCGCUCGAGAAUGAAGCAGCAAAGUAUGACCUCAAGUAUAUUGGCAUGGAUGGAAAUAUUGCAUGCUUUGUUAAUGGAGCCGGUCUUGCCAUGGCCACGUGUGAUAUCAUCGAUCUUCACGGAGGGAAACCAGCAAACUUCCUUGACCUUGGUGGUGGUGUACAAGAGGACCAAGUGUACCAAGCGUUUAAGCUGCUCACUGCAGAUCCGAAGGUUGAAGUAAUCCUUGUCAACAUCUUUGGGGGAAUAGUUAACUGUGCAAUCAUAGCAAAUGGCAUAUUAAAGGCCUGUCGGGAACUUAAACUGGAAGUGCCACUUGUUGUUCGGCUUGAGGGAACCAAUGUUAAUGAAGCCAAGCGUAUCCUGAGGGACAGUGGUCUGCCAAUUGCCUCUGCCAGCAACCUGGAAGAUGCUGCCAGGAUAGCGGUCGCCAGUGUGCCUGCAAAAUAGAUUAAUCAAGGAAGUUUUCAAGCAACAUAUAUAUAUAUUUUUUUUUUCCCUUUCAUCGUACUACUCAAUUCUGGAUUGCCACUAAUGAUGGGACAAUAAUUUUCCAUGAUUAUAUUUCACCCGGUGACGUGUGAAAUGUGAAGAAACAUUAAUACAUUUAGACAACGUGCCUUGCGUUUACAGAAAACAAAUUGUGCAGUUGCAAUUGUAAAUUUUAUUACAAAUUUAUUUAAUUAUGUGCUGACUAAACAAUUCCUGCAUAUCAAUGAUAGUUAUAACAUUUUUCUAUUGCUGUCAAUUCUGAAUAAUCUAAUGUUUUGACAUAUUUCCUGAACAUCUUUGUGAUCUUGCAAUAAGACCUCCGCUUUAGCCUUAGUCUUAAAAUUGAUUUAAAACGGCCAUAGUGAUUUUACCACCGUAAACCUGGUGCUGUUUUGUAAAGCCUUAACCUUCCUUUAGUGCCAAGAAUGCAAAGCGAUUCCCCACUGAAAUGCACACGCCAGGGAGGCACGGUGGCGCAACGGUAGAGCAGCUGCCUCACAGCGCCAGAGACCCGAGUUCAAUCCUGACUACGCGUGCUACCUGUGCAGAGUUUGCACUAUCUCCCUGUGACCACGUGGGUUUUCUCCAGGUUCUCUGGUUUCAUCCCACAUUACAAAGACGUGUAGGUAAAUUGGUUUCUGCAAAUUUUCUCUUGUGUGUAGUUUAGAACUAGUGUACAGGUGACUGAUGGUCAAAGGGCCUGUUUCCACUCUGUAUCUCUAAACUAACCUAAACUAAUUUUGGCACAAUUAAGACGGGUUUAGUUUAGUUUUAGUUUUAGAGAUACAGCGCGGAAGCAGGCCCUUCGAAUCCAGCGAUCCCCUCACAUUAACACUAUCCCACACACACUAGGGACAAUUUACACAUACACCAAGCCAAUUAACCUACAAACCUGUACGUCUUUGGACUGUGGGAUGAAACCGAAGAUCUCGGAAAAAACCUACGCGGUCACGGGGAAAAUGUACAAACUCCGUACAGGCAGCACCCGUACUCAGAAUCGAACCCAGGUCUCUGGCGCUGCAAGUGCUGUAAGGCAGCAACUCUACCUCUCUGCUCCACCUAAUGUACUAAUUACAAUGCUCGUGGGCAAAUAAUCUUGCUAAACUUUUUUCUCGUGUCAUUGUCUAUUUCCUUUGUGUGAAACUUAAUUUUACUAGGAAUUUACUGCCUAAGCAAUAUUAUUAUAUCAGACUUUUGUGACUUUUUGAAAGUUCACAGAACUUGAAACAACCUUGAAGUAAAAGCAAGCAAAAUCUAAUUAUCUUCUCAGACCAUAUCUUGCAGCAGAAAAUGUCUUUCAAACACUGAAUAAAAUGCUUUAAA